GUCCUCGAGAGGGCAACUUUCUCUCGCCAUCUACUGUACAGUACAAACUCGGCCGGCCGGGCCCCCUGAAGGUUGCAAACCCUGCCUGCACCCUCUGCUCUCACACUACGCUUGUAAGACGCUUCACCGCGUUCCUGAUGGGCCUAGAACAAUACCAGUCUUCUCACCAACCGCCUAGCACACCGUCUACCUAGAUUGGCCAUUCUGAGUAUCCUUGCCCACCGUCUUCGUACUGUCUUCCUUGUUGGGUUUUGACUGUAACUGUCUCCUGCCCACCGCCUUUACACCGCCUACUUAACCUAGCUGUCUUUACACGUAUUGUUCACUGACCGCCCAAGUACCACCUAACUUACCAAGCUCCACACCACCACGACACUUCCGAAAUGUGUAGAUGGGUUGGAACAAGGAUGGAACUGCAAAUGUAGCUGCCGCACAGGCCAAUGUACUCGUGGACAUGUCACACGACAGUUACCUCGUCGAGCAGCAGGCCGAUAAGGAGGCGAAGGAUAAUGAGGACCGGAGGCCGCUCUACCAUACCGCCGCGGCCGGGCACACGGCCACCGUCCAGUACCUCAUCAUGUAGGAGGCCGAGCUAUUGAACUAAGAAAUCAUAGGCACCAGGACUCAAAUUCAUCUAAACCACCUCUCCACCCACUUCCUGACGAUUGAAGUCUCAUUGUGUGUGAGAUUGUAGCCUCCACAAAGCGAGACGGCGUUCAUCAGCAACGGAAGCCAAGGGUGUCAGCGAUAGAAGCAGCAGUAGCACAAUGCCACAUCACGUC